AUGGCAGACAAGCCCCCGUCCGGCGCUCCCCCCCCAUACGGCGGCUCACCCUACCCUCCCCAACCCGCACACCUCAACCCCGACGGCGGCGGCGGCAGCAACCAAGCCUACUACGGCUCACCCUCCCCACAACCGCAAUACGCCAACCCACAACAACAAUACAACAACCCCCAACCCCAAUACGGCGCCCCAGCUCAAGGCUACUACCAGAGCGGCCCUCCUCCACAGAUGGGAUACCAGCAGCAGGGUCCACCCAUGGGGUACCAGCAGGGUCCGCCGAUGGGGUAUCAGCAGUAUCCGCAGCAGGAUGAGAGAGGGAACUCGAGUGGUGCUGCUGGGGGGUGCUUGGGGGCGUUGUGUGCGGCGAUGGCUUGUUGUUGUUGUUUGGAUAUUUUGUUCUAA